UAACAGACGUGUCCCUGAAUGUGCCACGUUGCCGAAGCCCCAGCCCAGUCGGGGGGUCCGACCCUCGCUCAUUCAUUUCAGUCACACCUGUCGCCAUGUCUGGGCUCAACGCUUCUCUGGGCUACUUCACGGCGGUCCUCCUCCUCGCCGCCGCGGUCCGGGCGCUCCUCGAGAGGUGGCCUCGGCUCGGCUUCGCGGUGGAGCUGGCGUCCUCCUUCGCGCUGGUAGCGUGCCGCCUGGAGGUGCAGACCAUCAUGGAGGUGGGCGAGUGGGCCGUGGGCCUGGGCUCCGACGUCACCCUCACCGUGCUGUUCGGCGUGCUGCUGGUGCACGGCGCCGUCUGUGGCGGCGCGUCGGGGAACCCGGCGCUCUCCGUGCUGAGGUUCCUGCGGCAGGAGGCCGGCGCGCUGCACACGGCGCUCGCCGUGGCGGCCCAGUUCCUCGGGGCCCACCUGGCGCUGCUGGCGGCGGCGUUCUACUGGAGCCUGGAGCUGACGGAGAUGCACAUGCUCAAGACGCUGAUGUGGAGCGAGUGCAGCGCGUCGCUGAUGGUGUCGCCGCUGCAGGGCUUCAUCACCGAGGGCUGCUGCUCGCUCGUCUUCCACCUGGCGCUCCUGAACCUGCAGCGCCGCUCCGCUCUGGUCCGCGUGCCGCUGGUCGCCGUCAUGCUCACCUUCCUGUCCCACAUCGCCAAAGGCUUCACCUCCGCCUACAUGAACCCCUCCCUCUCCUACGGCCUCACCUUCCACUGCCCCGGCUUCACCUUCUGGGAGUACGCGGUGGUCUACUGGCUCGGCUCUCUCACAGGCGUGGUCCUGUCCGUCCUCCUGUACACGGGACGCGUCCCGAAGAUUUUCUCCAGGAAGUUUUUUCAGAAGCUGCGUGGCCGAGUGACGAAGGGCGAGAACGGAGAGACCAAGAAGAAGUGAAGGACGCUCGCUUUUGUAUUAUUUCCUUUUAAUAAACUUCUAAAAAGUGCCCGACAACGUUUACUGUACAGAAAAUGUUAAAUAUUCCUGUCGACAAUUUUCAAUAAAAUCAUUUCCAUCGA